UUUGCAGUUGAAUCUAUUAAAAUUAAGAAAGGUCCUAAAUGGCCAUUGUUAGAAGAAGCUUUAUGGCUUUGGGUUCAAGAAGCUCUUAGUGCUGAAAUGGAUCUUAAUAAUAGAAUUUUACAAAAAAAAGCUAUUCAUACAAUUAAUAUAAAUAAUAUAACUACAAGAAUUCAAAAUAAUACUAUUAUUAUUAAUCAAUAUAGUACUAUUACUUCUAUUCAAAAUAGUACUAUUACUAAGAAGCUUACUAGUUUACAUGACUAUGAAAUUCAAUUAGCUAAGCAAGAAUUUUUAACUGAACAUAUGAAUGAAGUAAAUGUAAUCCAAAAUUCUAUUAAUUAA